AUGACUGAAGGUGUGGUGAACCUUGUUGAUAACUAUGAACCACUCAUUGUUGACUAUGGUGCUGAAUGCCUAACGUGUGAAGGAGGGGGUUUAAGUCAGACAAACUUCAGUGACGGUUCAGGGAGUAAAGGGACAUUGAGGGGUAAUUUGAAUUGCAUGAAAUGGGUUGGAGUUUUUGCAGGAGUGGGGCAAUAUAUUCCACAUGCCCAAGAUUUUAGGGAGGCUGUGUACAGGUUUAGUAUUGCACAGAAGUUUGCAACAACAUAUGUGAGAAACAGUAGGGAGAAGAUGAAUGUGAGGUGUAAAGUGGAAGGGUGUCCAUGGAAGAUUUGUACAAAUGCUGUUGGGAGGGAUACUCUUUUAUUACACGUGACCACAUUCAUUAAUGAACACAUUCAUUUAGCGCAAGAUAACCUAGAUGUCACUUAUGCUGGCAAUGCUGUGUUGACGUCAUCAAUAAUACUUGAGGAGAUAAGGAACCAUACCGAAAAGUGUCCUACUGAAAUAAGGAAGACACUGGAAAGGGAAUAUGGUGUGAGGCUAACAUAUGCUCAAGCUUACAGAUCAAAGGAAAAGGCCAUGGAACACAUACAUGGGAAACUGGAAGAAUCCUAUAUGUUCAUACCGUGGAUAUGCCAAAAAUUGAAAGAAACUGAUGAUAAAAUAGUUGCUGAAUGGGCUGUCAUUGGUAAUACAUUUGAGCGGGUUUUCAUUGCAUAUGGUUCGUGUAUUGAGGGUUUUUUGAGUGGUGCAAGGGCUAUAUUAUAUGUUGAUGGAACUCAUUUAAGUGGUCUAUAUAAGGGGAUACUACUCUUAGCGUCGGGAUAUGAUGCAGAUAAUGACUUGUUGCCUUUUGCAAUAGCAGUGGUGAAAUCAGAGAAUCUUGAUUACUGGACUUGGUUUCUGUUCAAAAUUAAAGAAAUUGUUGGUUCGGUGCAGGUGACGAUUGUGUCAGACCGACACAAUGCCAUAAUAGGAUCUGUCCAAGCAAUAUUUGGAGGUGAAAGACAUGCGUAUUGUUAUAGGCAUGUGAAGGAAAACUUCAGUGCUGAACAAGUGAAAGUAAACAGAGGUAAAAGGACAAGCCAAUGGUCAAAAGAAGAUGCAUUAAAGGUUCUUGAUAGAGCAGCUUAUGAAAGGGUUGAUAGUGACUUUGAUAAUGUAAUGGCAGAGCUAAGAACUAUGUCUCCUGAGUUACAUGAUUGGGUUAUCAAUCAAGGUGAUGUGAAUAGGUGGGCAAUGAGCAAGUUCCCAUUUAAAAGAUGGGACAAUAUAACAACCAAUAUAGCUGAGUCUUUCAAUUCUUGGAUGGUGAAAGAGAGAAAGCAUAAUGUGGCGCAAAUGAUCCAUGAGCAUCGGGAGAAAGUAGCAAGGAAGAUGCAUGCAUCAUAUAUGUUUAUGAGUAAGUGGAGGAAUUGUGUUGGGUCAAAAACCGAGGCAAAGGUUCUGGAGAAUGUGUAUUUCAGAAUUCCAUGCUGCCAUGCUUGUGAAGCCCAUAAGACUGUGGGGGGAAAUGUAUAUGAAUAUGUUGAAGACUAUUACAAAAUUUCAGCACAGGAGAAAAUAUAUGGCAGGAGCAUGGUUCCAGUGGUAACAAUCGAUAUGCCUGACCCAAAUGACUAUAUGUUUGAGAAUCUUGCUGAACAAACCCUGCUUUUACCACCAAAUACAAGUAGGCCUCCUGGAAGACCAAGGACUAAACGGCAGGAAUCACAAUUCCAGAACAAAAAAACUGCUUACUUGUUAUAUCAACAAAUAGAGGUUGCUGUCAAACCACCUGUGUUUUGUGGUUAUUUGGCAUACUGA